AUGCCCGCCUUCGCUCUUGUGCCUGCAUCCCCGUCGGAUCUGGAGGCUGUCGCCCGUGUACAGUUCGAAGCCUGCGCGAAGGACCAUGGCUUUCCUGUCGUAUUCCCAAAGGGGCCGACAAUGACCUCAAUCACCCAUACCGUGCAGGCGUACGAAGCCCAGAUGGAAAAUGAUCUCAGCUGUCACCUAAUGGUAGUCAAGGAUGCCUUGACCGGCGAUGUUGCGAGUUUCGCCGUCUGGCAUUUCUUUCCUCCGCGCAGCCCAGAGGACAUCGAGGAGGAAAUGUUGACGCGCGACUUCCCAUUGCCGAAUGAUGCGAACAGGGAGUUGGGCAACAGAGUGAUUCACAACAGUAUCAGGAAGCGACAUGAGGUAGUUGCAUCCACUAUUGGAACAAAUCAGCCAUAUGCCUUUCUGGCUGCUAUGGGCACUUGUCCCAAGUACCAGAAUCAAGGAGCCGCGUCCCUUUUACUAAAAUGGGGUCUGGACCGAGCGGACGACAGAGGUCUGUCAGUCUACGUUGAGAGCGCGCCAAUGGCACUGCGGCUAUACAAAAAGCACGGCUUUCAAGAAGUUUCUGAUCUGGCGCUUGAUCUGGCGCCCUGGAAGGAAGGUGAAUAUUUUAACAAGUGCAUGGUCCGGCAGCCAGAUACCUGA